AUGCGUCAAAUUGAAUUGAAAAAUAAAUAUUUUACUUUUGUACAACAAACAAAGUGGAACAAAUAUUUAAUAUAUGUAUAUGGUCUUGUUGAUCCUGAUAUAUCUGAAAUAAGUUAUCAUGAAAGUCGUCGAGGUACACGUAUGAUUCCAUUUCGAUCUUACGGUCAACCACCACCUGAUGAAAAAUUUAUUGAACUCGAUUAUUUUGAACUUCGUGUCAACAAUUAUAUUGUUCCAUCGAAUGAUACAACAUAUCAUUGUAAAAUUUAUAAAUACAAAAUAUUGAUCGAUGAUGAGAAUUCCGAUCUUGUUCAUCAUUUACUUUUACAUGGAUGUAAUUCUUCAUUUAUUUUUAAUGAUAAUAAUCUUCCUGAUGAAGUAUGUGAUGAUAUUGUCGAUCAAAGUGAACUUUGUGCGACAAAUAUUGCUACUGGUUGCGCAAUCGGUGGUGAUCAUAUACUUGAAUUUCCUGAAAAAGCUGGAUAUCCAGUUGGUGUGAGCUCUCCAAAUAGAUAUUUUAUGAUUCAAACACAUUAUGACAAUUCAAAACAAACUUCAAAUCGUCGUGAUAAUUCUGAAAUUCGAUUUUAUCUUGGUAAUAAACUUCGUCAACAUGAUCUUGGUUAUUUAACACUUGGUACAGUUUCAACUCUUUUUGGUCUUAUUAUUCCACCAAAAGUUGAAAAUUUUAUUGUUGAUUCCUAUUGUCCCAGUAUAGCUACUGAAAUUAUUCCAAAAUCAGGUAUAACGUUAUUAUUUGCUUUUCUACAUACUCAUUUACAUGGUGUUAGUUUAUGGGCUAAAUUAAUUCGUAAUAAAACAGUUGUUGAAUAUUUAUUUAAUGCUGAAUCAUAUAAUUUUAAUUAUCAAUUUGAAAAUCGUUUAACAAAAAGAAUUCAACUUUAUCCAGUAGAUGAAUUUGCUACCCGAUGUGUUUAUAAUACAAUGAAUAAAAAUGAAAUUACAUUGGGUGGACAAGGAACAAGAGAUGAAAUGUGUUUACAUUUUUUCACUCAAUCAUUACAGACAUUAAUAAAUUCUAAAUCACAAUUUGAUUUUUAUACUGCCAGAAAAUGGUUACAUGAUUUGAUAUGGACAACAGAAUCAUCCAAACAAUGGCAAGAAUAUUACAAUAAUGUUCCACGUCUAUCUAUUUUUACACGAGCAGGACAAAUUCAGAUUGAAAAUCUUACUGUUUUACCAGAAUAUCAAGAUUUCAAACCAGUUCAAUGUCAAAAAUAA